UUGCAUAAACGCAGACGUCUGAAUAGUUUGUUUGUUUUAAAUUGCUGCUAGAAAGUAAUUCUCUUUACAAACGCUAGACGUCAGUAGAAUAAUUUUCCAGAGGUUUUUUCUUUGUUUUUGUUUUUCCUGUUUUGCGGGAAAUAAAGUGAAACUACAGCUGCUUCGAGACUGAACUGUCCUACUUUAUUUUGCAAGUGAAUCGUCGGUUCAUUAUUGGAGACUGUCAGGAUGUCAGCCGUUAAGAUGACAGAGGGGAGUGUGCAGGUGGAGAGCUGCAAAGCGCCGCUGUUUUACAGACAAAGUGAACCUGCCACAAGGGAAGUGAGGAUGUCGGUUUUACUCCUUCACGGCAUCCGUUUCUCAUCAGAAAACUGGCUCAACAUCGGCACUCUGGACACUCUAGCCAAAGCAGGCUGCCGUGCAGUCGCCAUCGACCUGCCAGGACUCGGCCGGUCUAAGUCAGCCGAGGCCCCGGCAGCGGUUGGAGAACUGGCCCCUGCAGGUUUCCUGAAAGAGGUGUGUGAGCAGCUAAGCCUGAGCCCGGUGGUGGUGAUCAGCCCGUCUCUCAGUGGGAUGUACUCCCUCCCUUUCCUCCUCCAGCACCAGGCUCUGAUACGAGCCUACAUCCCUGUAGCGCCCAUCUGCACCGACAAAUUCACAGCAGAGCAGUACCAGAGCGUAAAGGUCCCAUCGCUGAUCAUUUACGGUGACCAGGACACUCAGCUCGGAGAAAUGUCACUCGGCAGCCUGAACAAUCUGGCCAAUCACAGCGUGGUGGUGAUGAAAGGAGCGGGUCACCCCUGUUACCUGGAUGAUCCGGACACUUGGCACAAAGCUCUCACAGACUUCCUUCAUACACUGUGAAGCUCUAAGUCACACAUAAAUGACUCGGAGGAUCCACACACAUAAACACAUUAUUCCUUCAUGAGAAAUUUAGACCACAAACAUCCUCCUGCUUGAUUUUGACUUUAUAGUGUCAGUAAUGAAACUGGAAAUCAAGACUUUUCUAAUGAGGGGAGAUGAGGCUCAACAACAAAGUAGGACAUUUUGAGAAAUACGCUUAUUCACUUUGCUGUCGAGAAUUACAUGAGAAGAUUGAUGUCUAUAUGCUAAAUAUGAAGCUACCGCUAACAGUCGGCUAACUUAGCUUAGCAUAAAGACUGGAACUGGGGGGAAACAGCUAGCCUGGCUCUGUCCAAAGGUAACAAAAUCCACCUACCAGCACGUUCUAAAACUCACCAAUUAACAUGUUAUAUCUCGUCUUUUAAAUUGAAGUGUAAAAACAACAAUUUGCUGUUUUACAGGGGGGUUAUGUGCCAAACUAUUUGUUGGCAGGGACCAAUAAGUUCCUGGAGUUUACACUGGUUGCCUGGCAACUGGUCCAAGUACUUUGACACCCCCCGUUUAACGCCGAUUUGUUGUUUUUACACUUUGGUUUUUGUACGGAUUAAACAAACGAGUUAUAAUGUGUUUAUUAGUGAGCUAUAUGCUGUGUAGAAAACAAGACAAACAUGGAUGCCUCACAUCAACCAAAGACUGUUGUUCAAUGUAAUUCAACCCAACUUGAAUGUAUAUGGUGUCAUAUUGUCACUGCACAGUAUUUCAUUCCUCGCACGCCUUUUCACAUUCUUUUUCUUUAAUUCCAUGAAAAUGAAUACUGUGUAUUAUGAUUAAUAGUAAAGCUACAAUUAUGA